GAAAGCUUGGCUUUUUGAAAAUGGUCAUAUAAAAUCUGCCUUAGAAUUUGGCUGUGACUGGGACGCCGACAAAGUUAUGCAGACUAUAACAUCAGCCUUCCAGCCAGUUGUGGAGGGAUGCAGAUUACAAAUCUUGAUGUUGUGCCACAACAAAUUAGUGGAGCCAUCCCUGACUUCUAAACAGACUUUAGGCGGAGACCUUCUGAAAAAACUUUUUCAUCAGAAGUCCAUUUAUGUCAGGCCUGACAAGGUCAUUUUAAGUGAAGAGAAAGAAUAUUCAUGUUCUGAUGAAGACAGUAGCAACACAAACAAUAAUGAUUUCAAAGAAACAGCGGAUCCUGACAAAUGUGUCAUUGGUAGUGUGCCUGACAUUUCCAAAGAAGUUGUUUCAGCCAUCUCCACUGUUGAAGUCCAGUGUCUCUCCAGGAAUACCCCUUCCAUCUCUGGUGGAGAUGAAGUAAUUUGGUGUAUUGACACUAAAGAUAUUUGCAACAAUUCACCACCCAUCUCAGCUGACAACCUCACCAUGUCUUCUGUUGCUGCUGCCAUGACUAUUGAUGAGACUCCUACCUUGUCUAGUGGAACAUCUGCCAUCUCUAGUGGCUACACCCACAUCUUUUCUAUUGGUCCCACUAUCAGUGGCACUGGACACACAAUAUGCUUCUCUGCUAGCAACACCACUGAGGCAUCCCAUAGUCCCACCCAAACCAAUGCACCCAGCACAACCUACAGAAUAGACACUCAGCAGUAG